AUGGACUUGGAAGCCGGGGAGGGCGGCGGGCCUUGCUGCGCCCGAGGCGGUAACUGCGCCUCGCCACUGGGCUCAGACUCGAUGGCGGGCCACUUCUUCGGCGAUACGGCCGACGAUGAGCCGCCUGGACCGAGACUCCUCGCCUCUGCACCAGGAACUGCUGGCCAUGAAGCAGGCGGCACAGAGGCGAAGCCCGAGGGCCAACUAACUCUGGAGGAAAAGAAGUUCCUCCUGGCGGUGGAGAGGGGAGACUUGGCCACAGCUCGAAGGUAUCUGCAGAGCGCCGAGGCCGGCCUGAGCACAUUGAACUGCAACUGUACCGACCCUCUGGGCCGAUCAGCGCUGCUCAUGGCCAUCGACAACGAGAACUUAGAGAUGAUCGAACUCCUGCUGCUGCACAACGUGGACACCCGCGAUGCGCUAUUGCACGCCAUCAGCGAGGAGUACGUCGAGGCCGUGGAACUGCUUCUCGAACGAGAGGAGGCGACCCGCAAACCUGGACAACCUAACAGCUGGGAGGCCAUCGACCACGAGACGGCCGCCUUCACGCCGGACAUGACGCCGCUGAUCCUGGCCGCGCACCGAGACAACUACGAGAUCCUCAAGAUCCUGCUGGAUCGCGGCUACAGCUUCCCGGCGCCCCACGGCGUGCGUUGCAGCUGCGGAGACUGCGUGCGCGCCCGCUCGGAGGAUUCGCUGCGACACUCGCGGUCGCGCAUCGACUCGUACCGCGCCCUGGCCUCGCCCUCGCUCAUCGCCCUGUCGAGCAAGGACCCCAUCCUGACCGCGUUCGAGCUGAGCGGCGAGUUGCGGCGGCUAGCCUACCUGGAGCACGAGUUCAAGAGCGAGUAUCUUGAACUUCGUCGCAAGUGCCAAGACUUCGCGACAGCGCUGCUUGACCACACGCGCACCUCGUACGAGCUGGAGGUGCUGCUCAACUACGACCCGACGGGUCCAGCCUUCGAGCACGGUGACCGUAUGCACCUCACCCGCCUCAAGAUGGCCAUACGCUUUAAGCAGAAAAAGUUCUGCGCUCACCCGAACGUGCAGCAGCUGCUGGCGUCCAUCUGGUACGAGGGCUUGCCGGGUUUUCGGCGCAAGAACAUCAUCCUGCAGUCGAUGCAGAUCCUCAAGAUCGGUCUGCUCUUCCCCGUCUACUCGGUCGCCUACAUCGUGGCGCCACACUCCAACUUCGGCCGCACGCUCCGAAAACCCUUCAUCAAGUUCAUCUGCCAUUCGGCUUCAUACGUCACCUUCCUGUUUCUGCUGAUGCUGGCAUCGCAGCGCAUCGAGACCGUCGUGGUUGAGUGGUUCGGAACAGACGAGAUGAAGCAGAAAGUUCGCAGUGACAUCACGACCAAAAGAGGAGCAAGUCCUAGCAUAGUCGAGUGGAUUAUCCUGGCUUGGGUUAUAGGUUUAAUAUGGAGUGAAAUGAAGCAACUAUGGGAUCUGGGUCUUAUAGAAUACGUCGGUGACAUGUGGAACAUAAUAGAUUUCAUAACAAAUUCCUUGUAUGUCGCCACAGUGGCCCUACGGGUGAUAGCCUACUUACAGGUUCAAAAAGAGAUUGCUCAGAAUACUGGGACCGCGUACCUUCCCCGAGAAAAAUGGGAUGCCUGGGACCCCAUCCUGAUCGCCGAAGGCCUUUUCGCCACAGCCAAUAUCUUCAGCUCCUUGAAACUGGUGUACAUCUUUUCGGUGAACCCUCACCUGGGACCCCUGCAGAUCUCCCUGGGCCGCAUGGUCAUCGACAUCGUCAAGUUCUUCUUCGUGUACACCCUGGUGCUGUUCGCGUUCGCGUGCGGCAUGAACCAGCUCCUGUGGUACUACGCGGACAGCGAGCGCCAGCUGUGCCACAAACUCAACCGCGACGGCGCGCCGGUCAAGAGCGACCACAGCGUCUGCUUCACCUGGAGGCGAUUCGCUAACCUCUUCGAGUCAUCGCAGACUCUGUUCUGGGCGAGCUUCGGUCUGAUCGACCUGGACAACUUCGAACUGUCGGGGAUCCAGAGCUACACUCGCUUCUGGGGACUGCUGAUGUUUGGCUCCUACUGCGUCAUCAACGUGGUCGUGCUCCUCAAUCUACUCAUCGCCAUGAUGAACCACUCCUACCAAAUGAUAUCGGAGCACGCAGACGUGGAGUGGAAAUUCGCCCGGUGCAAGCUCUGGAUGAGCAAUUUCGAGGACGGCGGAACGGUCCCUCCACCCUUCAACGUGAUCCCGACUCCCAAGACCGUCAGUUACUUCCUCCGAUGGUGCUACCGCAAGCUUUGCGGCAACUCCCGGUCGGCCAAGAAGGAACACCUCAAGACUAUCAGGAGAAAAGCAAGGCAAGCCAGCGAGCGAGACAUGAAGUACCAGACCAUCAUGCGUAACCUGGUACGGCGCUACAUCACGAGCGAGCAGCGCAAGGCGGACAACCAGGGGGUGACGGAAGAUGACGUCAACGAAAUCAAGCAAGAGAUCUCGUCUUUUCGGUACGAGCUACUCGAGGUGCUCAAAAUUGGCGGCUUCAACACCUCUGGCGCCAGCGGACAGAGCCAAGGUGAGGGCAUUGGAGGCAAGAAAGGCCGCCAGCGAGAGCGCCGACUGAUGAAGGGUUUCAACAUAGGCCUUAUCGAGGGCUCCGUGCCGAGCCCGCCCGAGAUCAACAUCGAGGAAGUGACGUCACGGAAGUCACCCGUCUCUCGGUUGGCCCGCCUGGCGCGCCUCGCCAGCAAGAACAAGGUGAAGCGCGGCCGCUGGGGCCACCUGGUGGAGGCCACGCGCAGCGCCCGCGCGGCCUUCUCGCGCAGCCGCAGCGAGGAGACGAUGAGCUCGAGCUCGUCCGGCUCGGGACCGAAAGGCGGCGACUCGGUCUGCAACUCCGAGACGUCGCUCUCCAUGCGGGGCCGCUUCUCGCGCAAGUUUGGCACGCUCACCUUCAGCCGCUCGCGGCUCGCCUUCUUCUCCGAGCACGACUCGCUGCGCCACUCGUCCUCGGAGAAGCGCCGCGCGCACCGCACUGUCAGCGCACCGCCCUCGUCGGUGCUUCCGAGGGCUGCGAUGCAGGCGGAUCGCCAGGGUGGCGCCGAUGCCAGCGCGGGUGGCAGUUCGUGCAACGGACUGGCAGCCGAGUGCAAGCUGUCGCCCAUCCCGAGCUGUGCCAGUUCGAAAGUGCCCACACCGAGGAACUCCAUAAACGGCACCCUCGAACCGGACGGGGCCUGCAUUGCCGGCAGUGCCGGUGACUACGCGGCAGCUGCCGCACUGGCCAUGGCGGCGACAGCCGACGACUUGCCGCCGCCACCGACGGAGCCCUGCGACCUGCCCACGGUCGUGGUGCAGCCUUCGUCGGAGCACGAGGACGCGCUCAAGGACUCUGACGAGUCGCCUGCCAACGGGUCCAUACCGCUGCUCACCAGAGUGUACGGGAUCGAACCCGUCGGCAAGCCGGCCAACAUGGGCUGGAUAUGA